GGCAGCGGGAAAGAGGCGGCUGACGGGCCGCCCGGCUGCUGGCUGAAGGGUUCCAAGUGGCUCCGGCGCGCUGUUGGAAAUCUCGGUGGGGCGCUCGAACGGGAAGGUCAGAAGGUUCGGGUGCUCGCAUGUCACGCAGUCCUGUAGACCUGGUGGGGAGCUUGUCUUCCGUGGCGGACUGGGCUGUCGAGGGAGUAAGGGAGAGUGAGGCCUGAUUGUGCAGCGUGGAGCCGGCGAGAGACGGAAAGUCUGAAAGGGCACUGCUUUUAAAGAACCGUGCCUUCGGUUAUCUGGCCUUUGCACGCUUUAGCCUGGCCUGUUGAAUUCCAGAUUUUUCUGAUUUUUAUUAUUUCAUGACUCUACAAGGAAGAAAUACAGGACAGAAGGGUGGACACUACUUGAGAAUUGCAUGAAGAAUUCCUAGCAACAAUGUCAGAGGAUCUGAAGAGGAGAUUUGAAUUUCAAAAUUCAGUAAUCCAGUCACAGGCUGUAGGACAUCUGGUUGCUGCCAUUUUAAAAGAAAAAGGGUCAUCAUCUCUGAUAAAGUAUUCUUCAGAUCAGACUCCUGCAUUGAACUUGUUGUGGGAGAAGUGCUGCUGUGACAAUGUGGUGGUUCGUACAGCCAGCUGUGAGGCACUGGUUGCCCUUGUGGCACAGAAUCAUGCCGAAUUUAAUUAUGUGCUCAAUGGAAUUUUGAAUCUGAUCCCCUCCGCCAGUAAUGUGCAAGGAUUGAUUAGAAGUGUUGGAAAACUGCUACAUAUGCAAGUACAGAGUGCUGAACAAAGUGGGAAAGUGCCAUAUUCAUGCCCCUAUGCCAUCAGGAACCCUCCACAUCCAUAUAUUGUUGUAUUGGAAAACAGACCUGAUAGCUGGCCAUUUCUCCUUCAGCAGAUAUCAUCUAUUUUUCAACAGCCUCCAGAAAGGCUAAAGCCAUCCACUGUGCUUAUGAUGACACCAUUUUUCAAGUAUCUGUACUGUGAACCACAUUGCCUGCGAGAGAACGCUGAGCUUCGACUUAGUCUUCUUCAGGUUGUACUUCAGUCGCAAUCUAACGAGGAAAAGGAUGCACCCAAUCUGUUUGCUCAGCAGCUGCUCCGGCUCUUCUUUGACUUGGUUCCGCACUUGCAGGUGACCAGUUUGGUGCAUGUUACGGAAGCUGCAAAUUUUCUGAAGGCAUUAUCGCUGGCCUUCCUUCGCCAUCCUCACUUUUGGAAAACUGAGUUGGCCCAGCUUUCCCUGCAACUGCUGUGUGUCUGUGAAGUUAGCCUAAAUAUUACAGGAGAGUUCUUUUCCCUUAUUCAUCAAAUUCAGAUGAUUGUCAGCACUGUUCCUAAGAGUAUUCCUGCUGAACAGAUGCUUGUCGGACUAAGCCUACUUCUUCUCCAUACUCCAGUGGGUCAGCAGCAUUUUAUUUUGGAGCUUGCAUUGAAGAUCCUGUCUUUGUCACCUUUGAGUAAUUCAUCCAAAGUAGCUCUGGUCCUAGUGAUGCCUUUGCUGCAGAUAGCAUCUUCUGCAGUGGCUAUGGAAUGUACAUCAGAUGCAGAUGUUACCAUGAACAACCAACAAUUGGCUGUCAAACUGCUUGACAUCAUCCAGAGUGACAAGAUUGAGUUUGUACGCAGACAGGAGCAUUCGCCUGAGCUUGCAUUUCCCAUUACUGGUCAGUAUAAAACUCUCAUUGCAACUUGGAAGCUGCUGGAUGGUUUCAGUGCAGAUGCCGACUCCACUUUAGUUUGGUUGUCUUCUGUCAAAUCAACGCUGCCUUUAAAUGACAAAGUUCCUGAACACAUCACUCUCCUGAUUGCUUAUAUAAUUUUAAAAGAGGAUGGAGUAUGCCUUCAGAAGGCUCUGGAAACUGUUGCAGAACUAGCUAAAGCUGAUGCUUCCCAGGUACCACACCUUAUUUCUGUUUUGAUGUUCAAAUUGGGAAGGCCAUUGGAACCAGCUUUGUGCCAUGCUAUCCUUUAUACUCUUCCUACUCUGGGCACUCACAAGGUUUGUGUUGCUCAGAUAAUUCAUGCCAUACAAAUGAUGUGGAAAACACCAAAACUUAAAGCCAUAUCACUGCGCCUUUUGACAAAUCUAUGGGAAAAUCAGGAUCGUGUGUAUCCAGAGCUACAAAAAUAUAUGGCAUUAGUCGAUAUCCCAUCCGUCUCAUGUGGAAAAGAAGACCACUGGGAGCAAUUAAUAGCCAAAGCUGCAUCAGUCAGGGAGAUUUGCAGAAAGAGAUCUUACCAGCAUGGAGCUGAUAUGUUGGCAGCAAUCUCCAAGGUGCUAAACGAAUGUACAAAACCAGACCAGGUUACGCCUGCAGUGCUUGCACUCCAAGGGCUGCACGCAUUGUGCCAAGCUGAGGUGGUUGACAUUCGUUCCACAUGGUAUGCUCUGUCUUCGAAGCUCAGCUGUGACACACGACCUCUGGUUGUCAAAGCCCUAAAUGAAAUAUUUGCUCUGGUUCCUUCGCUAAAUGUUAAAUCCACAGAAUAUGAGAAAUUUAGAGAGCAAGUUGUCAGCAUGUUGUGGAGUCACACCCAGAACAAGAACUCAGUCAUAGCCAGCUCUGCAUACAAAGCUCUUUCGGUUUUCAGCUCUGAGGAGUACACAAUUCUUCACUUGCCGGAAGAGGUACGGCCAGAGAGAAAAGAUGAUUAUGAAAUGGAUGAUGAGAUGGAAUUAAAUGCAGAAGAAGAGGAAAAAGAGGAAGAUCUUACAGUUCCAGGUGCAUCAUAUAUCAAGCUGCUUUUAAGGACCCCUCUGUUGGUGUUGUCUGCUUUUGAAGAGUUCUUGUCAUCCCUUGUGAAACAGGAAUUAACUGUAAUGCCCCGUGGGAUAUAUUACUCAGCACUGCGUGGUGGAAUUGUUCGCUCUGACCAAGGAAAAGCAGUAGCAGGGAUUCCCAACUUCAUGCUCAAGACUUAUGAGAAGAACAAACAACCUGGACUAAAAUCUGGGCUGGCAGCUGGUCUGUUACUUUGUUAUGAUCUACACAUUCAGACUGACAAAGAUGGCAAGCCCAUUAAUCGUUUUCUUGUUAGUAGAGGUCGUAGUUAUCAGCAGAUGCUUGCAGCACUAAUCCAUGAGGUGCCUAUACAACCUUCUGAAUGGCAUAAAUCAAUUUUGAUGCCCCAAGCCUGGCUAGGAUUUAUGAGUAGAACAUAUCAGGCUGUUCUGCAGGGGAGACAGGCCGAACUGGAGAUGCAGCACAAGCAUGGGAAAGAUGAUCCAGAGGAGCUUCAGUAUAAGCAGUUCAUAUCUUGGCUCUGGGCCAGAGACAUGCUAACUGACGUAAUUAAAUCAGCAUCAAAGGACAGCCCAGUUGUGCAGGGAAAUUCCAUCCUUGCCUUAACAGGACUUGCUGUGACAGUAGCCAAACACGAAAGUAGCUUGCCAUCUGAAGCCAAUGAUGCCCCUGAGAUUGGGGCUGAAAUUUUCCCGACAAAGCACUGGAUAUCCAUGGUGGUGGAGACACUUCUGAGUAUUGUUGACAACCAUUACCGUCCAAAGGGACGUAUCUUCCCUUGGUUCCAACAUAAAUCUUAUUCUGGAGAGAGCACAGCCAGUGCCAUAGCUCGCUCCUGCGCUGCUACAGCUUUAACUCUUCUUGUUCCUGUUUUCAUCACAUCGCACAAAGAGGUUAUCGAGGAGGUCCUCAGCAUUUUCACUGCAGGCUUACCAGGAAAACCAAAUGCUGGUGAAUCUCAGGCUGUUCAGUUUCAUACAGGACUGGCCAUGGGAAUGUUCCUAUCCCGUUUAUAUGAAGAACGAAUGAGUGAUGUUUCAGCACAGAAGAUGAAUUUGCUGCUCAUGAAAUCCCUCGACGCAUUGGAAAAAUGUUGCUUUGAUAUGAGCCUGGAAUACAACACAGGAUGUAUCCUGGGAGUUGGCCUGGUUCUUUGUCUCAUGAGUCACAGCAGCCAAACGGAGUCCCGUGUGCAUGUUUCUGUCACCUUUGGGAAACUCUGUACCAGCUUGGAUGAAAGUCUGACUCAGAGCAGAGUAUUACAAGAGGUUCUGGCUUAUUCAGUGGCAUGUGUGUGUAUUUCUGCUUUCAAAGCUGACAUCAUACAGCCAAAUGAGGCUGAGGAGAUCAUGAACAAGCUUCGGACUCUGACAGAACAGAGCCAACAGACUCCUGGCUUUGCAAUGGCUCUGGGAACUGUAGUCCAUGGGUUGGCAGUUUGUGGUCAUGGCAAGGCUGAAGAUCUUCGGAAUCGACUGCUUUCUGCUUGGCUGAAGAUCCUUCUAGCUGAGGGUUGCCCAACGAUGCAUCGAUUAGCUGCAAUAAAUGGGCUUGUUGCACUGGUGGGAUCCGAAAGUUCUGUGAUACAGCUGAAGUCAGAUGUGAUCCAGUCAUCCCACUUUCAAUCAAAGAUGAAUGAAGUUAUCAAAGCAGUGACACAGAUUAUUAGUUUUUCUGGAGUAAUUGGACUGCAAUCCAAUGCUGCCUAUGUUUUAGGUCAUCUUCAUUUGACCAAUAUGUCAUCUUGUCAAAGUCGGACGUCAGUUCCUCCAGAUUUUCGGUAUUUGCCAGAGAAGAGUGUCCUCAGAAAUGCAACUGAUUAUAUUAUUGAAGCAGGAAAAAAAGGUCCCGAGUCAAUUCCUCCCCAGGUAGUGAAGGUUUUGUUGGCACCUAUUGCUGGAUGUGGGAACAGUUAUCAAUAUCCACCUGUGAAUUGGGCUUCAAUUCUGACUCCACUUAAGAGAUUGAAUUUCGGUGAAGAUGUCCAGCAAUAUUGCAUUGAAAUUGUGGUGACCCAGGCUCAGACAUCCCAAAGUGCUGCAAUGUUUUUAGAAACGUGGAUAGCACCGCCAUUAGUGUAUGGCCUUCAUCUGGGAAUGAGAAAAUACCUCUUUACAUCUCUUGCUUCUUGGAUGAAACAUGUGCCAGAGGAUAAACUUCAGACAUUUGUUGAAGUCCUGGCAGUCCAAUACUUCACAACAGAAAACAGGCACAGAAGUCCAGAACUUUGCACUUCCAUUCUGCAAGGGAUAAAUGAAGCCAUGAAGAUGCCCAACCAAGUACAGCACACCUGGGGCAUAUUAUGCCGAAGUGUUGAGAAGAUAUUUGAGAUGCUGCCCAAUGAAAUCCAGGUCAAUGAAAGUAAUUUUUAUGUUGGAAUUUCCAAAUGUCUUUCUGAGUUUGGUGACACUGAGAUAGACAGAGUGACCCAGACAACCAAGGACACAAUUGUGAAGGUUACCUUUGUCAGAGCUUAUUUAGUUUCCCAGGGCCGAGUUCCACUGCUUUGCUUUAAUGACAUUAUCACUACUGCAAUCGGUACCUGUUGGUUGGAGGCUGUUACCUGGAUUAUGUUGCAGAGCUUUUACCAGUCCCGGCUUGUCAGUCACCAGAACACAGGAGUAAUAAAACGGAUGGAAUGGCUAUUGGAGCUCAUGGGACAUAUUCGAAAUAUUGCGUAUGGGUCAGCUCCCACGCAGAAUCCCAACUCAAAAGAGGCCGCAGACUUUGUGCUGCACGUAUUUGCAGCUGCUGUUGCUGCCUGGAGUGAUCAUGCCACACCACUGAUGCUAGGUGUUAAAGCCAGCUCGCUAUCCUUAAUAGAAGGGAAACAUUUUACCAACAGGAUGCAAUCUCCUAUUGGAACAAGUUCCCUGGAUUCCUUUGUUGUACAGCAGUGUUUUCAGAUUCUACCACAAAGUAUUCUAUUACUUCUGUCUAAAGAGCCAUGGAAAGAGCAAACACAAAAAUUCAUCGAUUGGUUCUUUGUUAUAGUAGAGAGUCCACAAGGAUCGGUACCAGUGAAUACAUUGAAUACGAUCAAAGCAACACUCUUGGCCCUGCGGUUAUUGCCCGAGUACAAGAAGAAGGCAGUUUGGACCCGCACAUAUGGCUGGUAGCUGCUAAUUUCUUCAGUCUCCUGUUUGAAGUUGAUCAGAUUAGCCAUUCUUUGCCAGCAAGCUAAGGCUCUGUGAGUGCAAAUUAAAGGAAGUAUCGAUUUUUGAUGAUGCUGUUAAAUGGCAUAAAGCCAAUCCAGGCCACAGCUUGUUUGUACUAAAACUGCACAUCUGUCACAUGUAAGUUGGUGAUUACAUAUAAAGAGAUAUUUAAACAGUUUAUAUAACUUAAAUUAUGUAAAUGUAAUCCACUUGAAGCCUCACAAGUGUGUAGGAAAUACACUUGAAAAUGGACUAAUUUACCUUGUGAUUUGAAGGUUUGUUGUUUGACCUGUUAAACUCCUGAUUGUCAUUUAAGAUAUUGGCUCCUGGAAGAGCUGUUCUGUUAUCUCAUGCCAAGAUGUAUGUACUACAAAAAAAACUGCUUCUGCAAAUCAAAUUGAUGAAAUAAAAAUAGCAGUUCAUUUCCAGAAAAUGUACGCUUGAAGGUCUUAAAUCAU